UUUGAGGGGAUAAAUUUUAAAUGUUUAAUAAAUCGACAAAAAGUUUAAGAAAAAAUAAUGAUCAGAUCUAGGGCUGGCAAUCCCUGACCCGACACAAACCCGACCUGAAGUUAUUGAGAGAAACCCGGACCCAAACAACCUGAAUUCGACCCGAUUUGACCCAAAUUUCCUAUUUCAUAAUAAUAUUAAGUUUUACACUAUUUUUAUAGUUUCUAAGCAUAACUCAAAAUCGACCCGAAAUCUGAUCCGAACCCGACCCGCUAACCCAAAUUGCCACCCCUAAUCAGAUCACAUAAAUUGUUUAAUAUACAGUUUAAAUUACAUAUGAAAUAUGACAAUUUUGUAAAAGAUUUAUUUGUCAGUAAAUCCCAAUUUUAAGUUAUGUAAUCCCAAUAAUUGAUAGAUGAUUUAUUCCUCAAAAAAAAAAUGUAAAUUUUGCAUUGACUAAUCAUAUACUCCGUAUACCAUAAUUCCUCUUAUCUUGUAAUAAAUUUCUAUCAUUGUCAUUAAAAAAAAAGUAAUUUAUUUCUAUCACCCAAGGAUAAAAAUGAACAUAAAACCAAUGAAUUAUUUACACGGUCAGCUUUCAAAAAAAAAAAUAAUAUUUACAUGGUCAACAAAAUUAGUUGAAUCCUAUAAAUUGCCCAAUUUGUCAUAAAGCCUUAAACGUACACUAUUUCCCCCUCACGCCCUCUAACACACCUCACCCAAAAAAAUAAAAAUGUCUAACUCUAGUCUUGAAAACAUAGAAACUAUGAAAAAUUCAGAGGAAGUAGAAAUGGAGAAGAAGCUCUAUGUUGCAGCUGCAAAAGGUAAUGUAGAGUUUCUUCAAGAAAUUCAGCACAACGAACAAAUUUUUACUGAACAAAACUUAUUUAAAAAACAAUGUCAUUCACAUCACGGUUCAACACGAAUUCGUAGAAACAUGUCUUAGGCAACUUCCAAAUGAUUGUAAUGAGUUAAUAUGUGAGAAGAAUUCCAAAGAAGACACCCCUCUUCAUGUCGCGGCCGAGGUCGGAAACUUUAGUAUAGUCAAGUUACUCAAUGAUCAUUUUGGUGAUAAGAAGCAAAUGGUAUGGAGGGUGGAAAACUCAAAGGGUAACACUCCACUUCAUGUUGCACUUGUUCAUGAUAAUGUUAAGAUUGCUAAGUUUUUGUUGGAGAAAGAUCCUUCCUUGGCUUGUAUUGUGAAUAAGUCAAAAGAAGCACCACUUCAUCUUGCAAUCAAACACCUUGUUAAUUAUUCUGAGAGUGAAUCAAUAAUGGCCAAAAUAAAACAACCUAUUACUGAGGGAGGAGCUGCCUUGGCUACAACAUUUGUACCCGGCGAAGAUAUGUCAAGUUUGAUAUUAUUUCUGAUAGAGAAAUGGAGUCAUGUCACAUGUUGGCCUGAUACAAACGGUUCGACUCCUCUGCAUAGUGCAGCAUCGCUUAACUCACCUUAUAACCUUGAGGUCAUAAAAAAAAUACUUUAUCAUUGGCUGCAGUCUGCAGAGGUGUGUGAUGCUUCUGGCAAGUCCAUCCUACAUCUUGUGAUAACUAGGCUGCCAAACUAUCAACAAGUUAAAAAUUUGCUUAAAUUUAAAGAGAUUUAUGUCCUCAGAAAUUGUCAGGACAUACUAGGAGAUACACCAUUGCAUAUUGCUGCAAGAAAUAAGGAUAUUAACAUGGUACGAGUUCUGUUGGAAUCCUCGACGAAACUUAGUAUUAAAAACAUGGAAGGUGUCUCGGUAGCAUCACUGAUACAACAACAUAAUCUUCUUGAGAUGCUAAGGAAGCGAAACAUGACACUGGAGGAAUCCGAAGCAGCAGACAAAAGAGACAUAGCCUUUCUAAGGCAAAGAAUGAGCAAAUUAGGGAUGGAAAAAUUGGAAAUCAUGGAAUUCUUACUCUCACAUGAUUCCAAGGGAAGAAAUAUCCUUCAUAAAUUGCUACAGAUACAAAAUGAAAGCCGAAUAAUGCAUGACGACUUUGUAGAUUUCAUCCAACAACUUCUUGAAAAAUUUCCAUCACUUGUCUGUCAAACAGGCCUUUUGUUACUAUUACUAGAAUUAUGCAAUCAGAGUAUCCUUAGAUCUCAAGAACAGACACCUUGGUUGGUACAGAAUGCAGAGGGCAAUACACCGCUUCACGAAGCACUCGUAGCAAAUAACACAACUUUGGUAAAAAGAUUGUUAAUGCACGAUCCAAGAUCGGCUGGUGUAGCUAACAAGUGUAAAGAGUUGCCUCUUCAUUUGCUCGCCGAAUGCCCCAUGAGUAAAUAUUUUAACUUCAACAAGUACUAUUUUUUAUUCAUCAUUUUAAAUUGUUUGGUAGUGUUUUGCAUAAGACAUGGAUGAGCAGUUCAAGAAAGAAGUAGACAUAGAAUCAAUGGUAGAGGCGACAAACGACACAGCGACACAUUGGCUCGACAAGGAUGGUCUCACCCCCUUAAUGAGAGCUAUUAAAGCUGAUAACCUCGUAAUGGCUAGAGAACUAUGCAAUCUAUCACCAAAAGCAGCACAAACUUGUGACGAUGACGGGUUGACAUUUUGGCACCACCUAAUAGAUCAUCCAUCAGGCUAUUUUUUGCACCACCUUCUACAAAUUAAAUCUGUAAGAGAUCUGCUGAAAUUGAAGGACAAUCAUGGAAACACACCGUUACGAUCUUGUAGAAGUAUUCCUUCAUGUUUGGGGGGAAGAACGUAAAUCAUCAAAGGACAAUGAACAAUGGCUACUAGAUCUUUUAACAAUACAGAACAAAGCCUGUAAAACCCCUGCCGAUCUUAUCAGAGAAUCACCAUGUCUUCCUCCCACUGUAAGUACUUCCUGUCUAUUAUUCUUGUAUUAUUUUAAUGAUGGGUUCAUUUUAAUACAUGUACCGAGUAAAUUACUUUACAACUUCAAGUGGUAAACUAUGAAUUUGGAGAUAAAAGGGAGUAAAUUACUAACCAGAAUUAAACUGGGAUAGCAUUAGCAAAAAAAGAGACAGGAAUCGUCAUCAUUUUCAUUAGCAAUAGCAUGAGCAUAAGCAUACUGGAUACAACCCACAACAUAGGCUGUCAAAGAACCAGGUUCGGGAUCAUUCAAAAAAGUAACGUGGUACCCUGAUACGAGAUUCCAAGGAAAGCAGAAUAGGUCACCGGAUACAUGGAAAAACGCAAACUUAGCAGCGCAGUCACUGACCAUAGUUCGCAGAAAUUGGAGGUCGAUCCCAACUAUAUUUCCUUGAAGUUUCCCAAUUAAAAGCGAAAACCUGACUUGACCGAUUGAACCAAUACAUGAUAGGUUUUGUUAUUUUGUUAUUUUGUUUUGGUUUUUUUAUUUUUAGAAGAAAAAAAAACAAUUAUUAACACAUUAUGGAGUAAAAAAAAUUGCGUCAUGAUGAAUAGGUCAUCGCCACUCAUCGGUUUAAAUGUCAACAGUUCUUGGUAAAAAUAUUAAGGGCCAAGUAUAAUAGCUUCAUGUUAGAUUCAUAAUUUAUUUAAGUUUAAAAAAUCUCAUAUGAAGGGAUUUAUCCUACCUUAUAUAAAUAAAAAGUAAAAAGUAGAAAGUUGCUCUUAUGAAUAGUGCACGGACUUUUAUACUCUUUAAAAUGUUAUUUUACCUUUGUACCCUUAUUUACCCUUCAAAAUGUGUUUUACCUUUGUAACCCUAUUUGUAAUUUUGUACUCCAACAAUCCAACUUCAAAUUGUUCUUACCCGUUUAUAUUUCCUUACACAUUUGAGAUUUCUCUCCUCCUCUCCAUGACUCCAUCUGUUAAAAUAUAUAUAUAUAUAUAUAUGGAUUAUGGCUGCUUUAGGAAAUGGUUGUUUCGGUUUCAUCUAGAAGGAUUGUACUUUUAAAUUAAAAAU